AUGGGCGGCGCUGGGACCAUUGCGGCUGGCAUCAUCGUCGGCCUGAUCGCGUCCGCAGUGCAGUCGCUCGGGCUCACCAUCCAACGCAAGAGCCACGUCCUGAACGAGGCUCUUCCGGAGGGACAACAGCGUCUGGAAUACCGCAGACCAUUAUGGCUGCUGGGCUUCGCUAUCUUCAUAUCCUCGAAUAUCAUUGGCUCUAUCUUCCAGAUUGCGUCGUUGCCCGUUGUCAUCCUGGCGCCACUCGGCGCAGUCUCACUCUUAUGGAACGCCUUCUUCGCGCGGAUACUUCUAGGCGACGGCACGUCGCCAUGGGUCGUCGCCGGUACACUACUCAUCGCAGGUGGCGCAGUGCUCAUAGGCAUAUUUGGCGUCGUACCGGAACCUACCCGUUCUCUGGAGGAUCUUCUGACACUGUUUCACCGCCCCGCUUUCGUGGUCUACUUCUCGCUACUCGGAUUCGCAAUUGUCGUCGUACUUGCUAUCACGCACAUCGCUGAGUUUUCGUACUUCCGCCACCUCCGCCAUUUGCGUGCAGCUGGCCCACUCUCUCCUGUUCUCGAACCCGCCGCUCCUUCAUCAUCCACGAGCGAGCGCACCCCUCUUCUUGAUCGCAAACGUGCCUCAUCCAACGCGUCCCUCAACUCAUUCGCCUCUACCGUAAUCCUUACCUCACGACCCUCACGCGUACCGCUGGCGCUAGCCCUGUCGUACGCGUCUGUGAGUGGUAUCGUGUCGGGCAUGUGCCUCAUCUUCGCGAAGAGUGGCGUCGAGCUACUUUUGCUCACCAUCGGAGGAGAUAACCAAUUUUGGCGCUGGCAGGCUUGGAUGCUCUUGCUGGGUCUCGUCGCCUUCGCGUUAUUACAACUGUGGUACCUCCACAAGGCGUUGAAGCUCGCAGACCCGACAAUUGUGUGCCCGCUGGCGUUUUGUUUCUACAAUUUAUCCUCAAUCGUUAAUGGUCUGGUCUACUAUGACCAAUUCGCCCUUCUCUCCACUCGCAAUCUCCUGCUCGUGGUGCUCGGGACUAUCAUCCUCAUCGCUGGAGUCUGGGCUGUAUCAUACCAGAGCGUUGAUGUCGGCCCGUACACUGCCGAACCGGACAGCGAGGCGAGCAGCGCAUUGGACGUUGCAGUAGACGAGGAUGAAACGAGCGCACUCGCGCCCCUUGACCUCGCUGUGGGCGUAGAUGUUGAGCAGGGCCAUGCUCCGGGGCCGAGUCAGUCACUUGCGCAUCGCAGACGCACAACAACGGCGUUGUCCGUCUCGACUGUUACAUCCGGCGACGGCGACGAUCAUGCGCCAACUUCGCCGACGCAUACACACCCCCGCCCGCACGCGUCGCGUAGGAGGCAUACGCUCAGCCCUGAGCUCAGCUCACCGCCUCCAGCCACGCCGGGCUUCACGAUCGGGCUGUCGCCCGUCAGCCCCGGGUUCUCCCUCGGGCGCCGGCGUGCGAGCGGUCAGCAUGGGGCUGGACGCGGGCAUACGAGGAUGCGCAGUGGGAGCUUGGGAGCGCCCGGCGCCGUGAGCGCCGAGGGGAUGCGGCGUGCUGUGAGCGAGGGCGAACCGACGGGAUUGGGGUUGGAGACAGGAGCGCCUGUGCCUGCGCCGGCAGAGCAGCAUCCAGUCAGGCAGGAGCCGAUGGAGCAGGAGGCGUUGUUACCCGUUCUGCCUGUGCCUGUCAGCAGCAAACGAGGCGACCCCUGGAGAUGGUUGAAAGGUCUCACUGGGCGCACCGGUUCGAGCGGACGGGAGUGA